UUAUCCGCGUCUCGCUCGCACCGACCGCGUCGCGUCGCGCCUCUGAGGUGCACUCGGUGUUCCUAUUAUUUUCGUGACGGGUAUUGCGCCGAAGCCGAUUCCCGCAUCCUCGCCCCCGAGACGCGAGGUCCGGUCUCGCGGCGGAGGCGGCGGCGACGGCCGUUCGCAUCGCGCGCCAGUCCACGCCCGAGGCCGACUGUCGCAUUGGUCCGUGCCUACAAAACGUUUGGUGUUUGUCGUCGAUGUGUUGAAAUUGAAAAUGCGGCACGUUCCGAGUGCGUAUCACGGAGGGUGAAGAGCGCCCGGCCGCGGUUUGAAUUUCAUCGGUAUCGUGUCGUGUUUGGUGACAGUGAGUGGAUUGUGUAUUGGCUUGCCGAUGAUACACGUGAAUGUGGAUGGAGUUCGGAGUGGUGUUGGAAGAUGCAUUUCAAAGAGUCGUUCGCGAUGAGCGAUCGACCGAACGAGCGUGGCCGGCGCAACUCCCGCUGCAAGGGUGCUGGCGUCAAGAUGGAGCACUUCCAAGCGGCGCUGGAUCCUCGCAAGCAGGAGCUGCUGGAAGCGCGCUUCCUAGGCGCCAAGGUCAGCACAAGGGAGAUACUAGUAGAAACUCGGCGGACGCCCGAAUACAAAACGAUGUCAGCUGGGUCACAAAUUCAGAUGGCACCACAAACCACUGUCAACACGGGGCAACCUCUACACAAUCAGGACUCCAAUAUGAGCACAGGGUCAUCUCAUAGCGAUAAAGAAGUUGACGCUUUAACCGAAAAGUCUGCUGCUAUGCGAGGCUCAACAGUUGCACGCACUGCUCUAGUGCCCCCGAGCGGUGCCACACCUACUAUAGCCAUGCCAGAAAGGAAAAGGAAACGGAAAGGAGAAGAAGGUGUUGGCGGCGGUGGGGGCGGUGGUGGCAAGCAGAGGCAUAACUCAUCAGACAAAAACAUUAGGGAAUACUUCUCAAAACACCCCUCAUCAAGUCCUGUCAGGCAUGCUGGCGCCAAGUCGCCAUCACCGCAGGGCGCAAAUUAUCCUAUGUACCCACCGUCACCCUCGUCGUUACUGCCUUCUGGUGCCGAUUUUUUACGUUCGGCGUCGCAGCAACGACCACACACAUCUGUUAAACAGGUUCAAACAGAACUGACAUGUCAGAGGAUACAGGAGUUAGAAACUCAAGCAUCUUCUGACUUAGAACUAAGAAAUAAUAAAAUAGAAGAAUUAACGAGAUCUAAUGAAGAAUUGAAACAUCAAGUGCAAGCGCAGAGCAAGGUAAUAGAUCAACAUAAAUCACACAUCAAUAAAUGUAUAGAAGUUGUAAAAAAGCUGUUAAAUGAGAAAAGCACAAUUGAGAAGAAAGAGGCUCGACAGCGGUGCAUGCAAAACAGACUGAGGCUGGGCCAGUUUGUGACGCAGCGCGUCGGCGCUACCUUUCAAGAGAAUUGGACUGAUGGAUAUGCAUUUCAAGAAUUAACGAGGCGGCAAGAAGAAAUAACAGCAGAAAAGGAGGAAAUAGACCGGCAGAAGAAGUUGUUAUUCAAGAAGCGUCCGGUGAACAACGAGGGCGGCGGCGGGCGCGGCAAGCGCACGGUGUCGGCGGCGCCCGCCACGCCGCAGCCCAGCCCGCUGCACAACGGCACCGACGCGCCCACCUUCCUCAAGCCCGACCCGCUGCCCAGCAUGACCUACCAGGAGUAUUAUGAGGCUGAUGAGAUACUCAAGUUGAGACAGAGUGCGCUUAAGAAGGAAGAUGCAGACUUGCAGCUAGAGAUGGAAAAGUUAGAGAGAGAAAGAAAUCUUCACAUUAGGGAGCUGAAGCGGAUACACAAUGAGGAUCAGAGCCGGUUCUCACAACAUCCUGUGCUCUCUGAUCGGUACCUGUUGCUAAUGUUACUCGGCAAGGGCGGCUUCAGUGAGGUGCACAAGGCGUUCGACCUGCGAGAGCAACGGUAUACCGCCUGCAAGGUGCACCAACUUAACAAAGACUGGAAGGAAGACAAGAAGGCCAACUAUAUCAAACAUGCGCUGCGGGAGUACAACAUACACAAAGCACUCGAUCACCCGCGCAUUGUUAAGUUAUAUGACGUAUUUGAAAUUGACGGCAACUCCUUUUGUACAGUCCUUGAGUACUGUAACGGACAUGAUCUCGACUUUUAUCUCAAACAGCACAAGACUAUUCCAGAGCGCGAGGCUCGUUCAAUCGUGAUGCAAGUCGUGUCAGCGUUGAAGUAUUUGAACGAGAUCAAGCCGCCGGUGAUCCACUACGACUUGAAGCCUGGAAACAUUCUGCUCACCGAGGGCAACGUGUGCGGCGAGAUCAAGAUCACUGACUUCGGCCUCUCCAAGGUCAUGGACGAGGAGAACUAUAAUCCCGACCACGGGAUGGACUUAACGAGCCAGGGAGCAGGCACUUAUUGGUACCUGCCACCCGAGUGCUUCGUUGUCGGUAAAAACCCACCAAAGAUCAGUAGCAAGGUGGAUGUAUGGAGUGUAGGAGUGAUCUUCUACCAGUGCCUGUACGGUAAGAAGCCGUUUGGCCACAACCAGAGUCAGGCCACCAUACUGGAGGAGAACACUAUACUGAAGGCUACCGAGGUGCAGUUUGCUAACAAACCUACGGUCAGCAACGAGGCUAAGAGCUUCAUCCGCGCGUGCCUGGCGUACCGCAAGGAGGAGCGCAUCGACGUGUUCGGGCUGGCGCGGCACGAGUACCUGCAGCCGCCCAUGCCCAAGUCGCGCGGCGCGGGCGGCGGCUCGGGCGGCGGCGGCGCGGGCGCGGGCGCGGGCGGCGCCGCGGCGCCCAGCGCCUUCAGCUCCAACAUGUUCGGCGCGGGCUCGUCCUCCUAGCCGCGCCGCCGCCGCCCUCGCCAGCCGGCGGCGCAGUGACCGCGGUGUACAUACGGUGUAGUGCUGGACGGGACGCGGCCGGCGCGGCGAGGGCCGGCGCGAUCACCACGCCGGUGUCGCUCGACUCUCGUAGACGUACUUUUUAGUUUUGAAACUUUGUCAGUUAAUAUCCAGAGUUGUAAAAUGACUAAAUAUCAUUUACAGAUAAAUUGUUUAAGAUUAUGCUUACUGUUGACUGUAUUUAUUGAGCAGGUGAUAAAUUGUGAUUCUCCAUUUGUGAAUGGUUUUAUCCUUUUAUCACUAAAGAGGAAUCCUUGGGACUAUCCCUUGCAUAUUAUAUAAGUUAUCCCUAUUAAAAAAGUUAAAAUAUUAGACAA